AUGCUCGUGACCGACGCUGCGGACGCCACGAGCUUGGUGAAGACCCUGGUCGUCAAGGCGGAGGAUGCCAGGGCGCUCGACGACAUGGAGGCCAUGAAGAGGGCGUACCGGCAACUGCACGAGCUGAACCGGGACCUGCUCUCGGAGCAAACGAAGCGCGCCACGAAUCAUGCGCAGCUGCUCGGCGCCCUGAAGGACGUCAACAGCAUGAUCCAGAAGGCGUCCAGGCUGAGGGUGGGCCAGGCGAAGACCAACGUCGUGACGGUUUGCAGGAAUGCUGUGAAGAACAACAACGUGGGCGCUCUGCUCAAAAUACUCCAAGGGGGAAGCGCGGCUGCCUGA